GUAAAAUUCUAUUUUUUUUUUUUUCAAAUAUUUUUUGUUUUUUAUUAAACGGGACUUCCAAAGCACAAUUUUGUUUUACUUCAAAAGAGGAAAAACAACAACAACAUUUCACCUGCUGUUAAGGAAUAUAUACAGGACCCUUGGUGUUACGUUACCAAGCUGAAAGGCAACAGCCUAAAGUUCAGACCACCUGCCCAGCGUAGUUACUGAGAGAGGAGAGGAAGGGGAAACUACCCUCAUCAUUGUCUACUGCUGCCUUCUGCUUCCUCCUGGGUUCAGAUGUAUGCUGAGAAAGUUGUGACAGAGGGGAAGAUGGGGAACAGAGGCAUCUCCCUGACCUGUGUGUUGACCCCUUGGAGGUUGAUGGGCGUCUGUGCAACACUCAUGACCAUUGGAGCCAUCGGUGCUGCAGUCUGGGCCGUAGGUCAGACUACAUUGCUUUCAUACGUAAUCAUAUCACACAUUUCUCCAAUUACAUUCUGCACUAUGGAGGGGGACACAGGACUGUAUGAUGUUCAGGUAAAUUCACCUGACCAGCAUCUCAGAGUGUUUGACUCUGCUCAGAGGAGGUGGCGCCAGGUGUGUUCCUCGUCAACCAAUGAGCUUCUUGCUAGCAUCAGUUGUGAGGAAGUUGGAUUUGUCAGCGUGGUGAACUACUCGGUCGUAUCGGUGCCUGAAGCCAGUGGUGACGUUGGAGAGUUCUUCUGUGUCAGACAGGAAGAGCUCAGCUAUGGAAAGAAAAUCAAAGACUCAUUGUACCCAUGUGCCUGUGAGAGCCGGGAAGUUCUUACACUGUUAUGCCAAGACUGUGGCAGGCGUAGUUUUGCGGCGGACCGUAUAGUUGGGGGUGUGGAUGCCAGGCAGGGCAGCUGGCCCUGGCAGGUCAGCUUAGAGUACGAUGGCAUUCACCAGUGUGGAGGAUCCAUCAUCUCUAAUCGCUGGGUUGUUUCUGCGGCUCACUGCUUCCCAGAGCGGAAUCGUUUUAUUAAUCGAUGGCGCGUGCUGCUGGGCUCCAUCUACAACAAGCCUGUCAAUGCUAACGUGGUAGAGGUGAAGACCAUUGUUUACCACAGUAGCUACCUGCCCUUUGUAGAUGCCAAUAUUGAUGACAACAGCAGAGACAUCGCUGUGUUGGCCCUCGCACAGCCGCUUACUUUCAAUGAGUACAUCCAGCCAGUCUGUCUGCCAGCAUAUGGACAACGGCUAGUAGACGGACAGAUGGGAACAGUGACAGGAUGGGGAAACGUUGGAUACUACGGUCAUCUGGCAGACGUUCUCCAGGAAGCAAACGUCCCCAUCAUCAGUGAUGCUGUGUGUAACGCUCCUGAUUACUAUGACAACCAGAUCACCACCAGCAUGUUCUGUGCUGGUUAUGAGAAAGGAGGCAUCGAUGCCUGCCAGGGAGACAGCGGAGGUCCUUUUGUGGCUCCUGACUGCCUGUCUAAAAGCAGCCGCUAUCGCCUGCUGGGAGUGGUGAGUUGGGGAACAGGCUGCGCCAUGGCUAAAAAACCAGGCGUCUACACCAGAGUCUCCAGGUUUCUGCCGUGGAUAUCCACAGCCAUGAGGAACUAUCACAACUCACCAGGUGUUCACAAACUGGCUCGACCAUGACACCCCAGCAUCCAUCUCUCUAUUUUUGGAUGACAAUACGAACAUUUUGCAUCGCUGAUACUGUGACCCCGUGACAGGGAAGUGAAAGACUGUGACCGUCCCCUUUUAUCAUGGCUUCAGACAUUUAUUAUGACGGAAACAUUCCCCACUUCCUGAGCCUUAUGCUUCACUGAAGGUGUACUGAUAGGAAACCAGUUUAACCAGUUGUUAUGGAGAUAUGGAAGCAAAAGACACAUAAAUAUUGUCACUUAACUCAAUUCUACUUUUGGGGAACCUGUUGAGUUUAUUUUUCUCUCAUAUCUGUGAAGUAGACUUUGGACUUGAAGUAUGGAUAACUGGACAUAUGAACUUCCAUGAAGCUCAAUCAAUCAGAGCUAUUCUGGAAGUAAAGUUGAUUUUAAAAAAAGAUUUUAUCAACUCUUUACAUUAGUCGCUGUCCUCAGUGCUGGACACACCACUCACAGUGCGUAUUGUAGGAAUGCUAAGUCCACUUUGACACUAUAUUUAAGCUAACAAAUCAAUGCAGACAACCAAACACCUAAAGAUUUAAACAAUGCUUAAUUAUUUUCUGAGGUUGCCUCACAGAGGAAAUGCUAGUUUUCUUUGCUUUCACAUUCACUCAUGUGAUACACAUUUUAUCUUUUAUCUUUUACAACACAUGUUAUAACAUUUCCACAUAGCAUUCAGUAUGUGCCUUAUACUUUAAAUCCACUUCAGUCGCCCCAAUCAGUGCUUUGUUGUUGUAAAUAUUAGUCUGUUCCUGUCUCUUUGUUCAAAUUAUUGAACUUUCUCACCUUUUGUCAUGUUAUAAACACAAACUUCAAAGUAAUUUAAUGGAGCCUUAUGUGACUGACAUAAUAGAAAAUAAUUGCAAGGUGAAAGGAAAAAGGAUACUGACACAUCUUGCCAUUCAAGUGUGCAAUAAUAAUUAAAUUCCCGUUUCAUAAAACAUUUUUCUACUGAUGAUUUUUAUUUUAGGAUUGUGAAUGUAAUAUAUUGGCAUGUGUUUGUUCGUAUGUGUGCUGAUAUUCCCAGAACUGUCAUAUUAAACUUGAACCACAAAACCAUAAACAAAAAAAUAUUUUUAG